GCCGUGUGACCGGACAGCCCGCCACUACACAGAGCUGAUACACCGGAACAAGCUCCUUCUGGUCCGCAGUACACAGAACACUGCGGGACUCUCUCAUGUCACUGUCUAUACACAGGGGAAGUGUCUGUGAGGGGACACACAAUUCAUUUACCACAGGCUCUGCUGAGUCCAGGCACCGCCCCUUCCGGCCUUCGGACCCCGCACUUCCUGUGUCCCCAGAGGUCUGCAUGGGAACCUGUGGGCUCGGACGAUUUCUGGUGAGAGAGGUGUGUCACUCUAUAUAGCCGAAUGCUGCUGAUGGUAACUUUGUCUGCUUUUAUUUUCAGGCCAAAUGCAUUGUAUGAAUAAUGUCAACUGACAAACAAAUGAAAAAGGUUUCUGGAUCCUCAGAAAGUGACCUUUUGAAAAACUUGCAAGUCUCCGCUCAAGAAGUGCUUGAAGUAGCCCAAAAGAAGGGAAGAUCAAAGUGUCCAAAGUGUAAAAGCUCCCGAAUGUUUUAUUGUUAUACUUGCUAUGUACCAGUAGAAAGCGUACCAACAGCUGAAAUCCCAUCUGUGAAGCUUCCGGUGAAAAUUGACAUUAUCAAACACCCUAAUGAAACUGAUGGAAAAAGUACAGCUGCUCAUGCAAAACUUUUAGCAUAUGAGGAUGUUACCGUAUACACUUACCCUUGUAUUCCAGAUUAUGACAAUCACAAGCAUGAGACAAUUCUCGUGUUCCCGAGUCCAAAUUCUGUCUCCCUUCGAGAGAGCCUGAAGUACCUGACCGGUCAGAGUAGUCCCAAAGAAGACUGUGAGCCAUCUCUCAAACGUUCAAAGCUAGAAAACCAGGCUGUUGGCAUUGACAAAGAUGCUGUGGCUGAAAGCGAGAAUAUAGAUUGUUUGAAGAAAGUUGUAUUUAUUGACAGCACAUGGAAUCAGACUAACAAAAUCUUAUCGGAUGAACGACUUCAAGGACUGGCGGCUGUUGAAAUGACCGAAAGAAAGACUUGCUUUUGGCGACAUCAGAAGGGAACGCCAGACACUUACCUCUCAACAAUAGAGGCUAUUUAUUACUUUAUGGUGGACUAUCACAUACAGAUUCUAGAGAAAGACUACCAUGGUGAAUAUGACAACCUUCUGUUCUUCUAUUCCUUUAUGUACAAAUUGGUCAAAAAUGCCAAGCAUGCUGCUGGAAAGUUGUAAUAAAGUAAUUUUAGGGGGGGGGGACUAAUUAGGUACUUUUACUUCAGCUGAAGAGAUGACGUGACCAAAACUUUGGUUUGGCAGCAUUGCAUGCAAUUGUUUCUACGUGUGCCAAUACUGUCCAGUAAGAGUAUGGAAAAUUCCAAUGGAAAAUAAGAUUACCAAGAUAAAUCCUGAGAUUUUUGUAUCAACAAUAAAAUCAUACUUCUCAUUCCUAA